CCGACCCGCGGUCGGGUAGGGGGGGCUGCGUGGGAGGGGCCGGUUAUGUGUGUGUGCUUCCCGACCGGAGAAAACCACUGUAGAGCCACUUAUCUGACGUCAUGUACAGAAGCGUGGCAGGCCGUUCCUUCUCAGUAAAAGGCCCACAGAGGGAGGACAAAGCUAGCAGGAAGCUAUCAAAAAUAAUUCACAAAUCGCAUUUAUCAGAAAUGGUGGAGCUGGGAAAAGGAAAACUGCUCAGGACUGGACUGAAUGCGCUCCAUCAAGCCAUUCACCCCACUCACGGCCUCGCCUGGACUGAUGGGAAUCAGGUGGUCCUGACUGACUGCUGGCUUCACAGUGGGGAGGUCAAGUUCGGGGGCUCCAAAGUCAUUGGACACUUUGAGCAUGUCUGUGGGCUGUGCUGGGCCCCGUGUGGUGCAGCUGAUACGCCCAGCCUGCUGGCUGUCCAGCACAAGAAACAUGUCUCUGUGUGGCAGCUGGGGCCCAGCACAACAGAGAAGAGCAAGGGGCUGAUGUCUCAGACGUGUGAGAUUAGAGAGUCACUGCCUGUUCUCCCCCAGGGCUGUGUGUGGCACCCGAACGGUGCUGUCCUGACUGUGUUGACUGCAGGGGAUGUCUCCGUGUUCCCUAACGUUCAGUGGGACAGUUCCCGGGUGAGCGUGAACAUCAGCACCCCGGGCCGCAUUCACUGUGCUUGUUGGACCCAGGAUGGCCAGAGGCUGGUGGUGGCAGUGGGCAGCUGCCUGCAUUCUUUUAUCUGGGACAGUGCCCAGAAGACUCUGCACAGGAGUUCCUCGUCCCCAGUGUUUGACGUGGACAGCUCAGUCCGCUGCAUCACAGCCACUGUGGAUUCACAGGUUGCAGUAGCCACUGAGCUUCCGCUAGAUAAGAUUUGCAGCUUAAAUGCAUCUGAAACCUUUGAGGCCCCACUUAGUGGUGCAAACCCUGGCCUGGAUACUUUUCUGGUUGCUGAUGACGUACCCUCUGUGGAUCAGGGGGCACUUGCUUCCGAAACCGAUUCGGAAACAUCACCAGUGUCCCCCUCCGCAGAUCUGCUAGAUCUCAGUCAUAUUUCUUUCAGUAGACCCAGGUCUGAGGGGAGUUCUCUGAUUUGUCUCAGAAAAAAGGCCUCCUGGACAGGAACCGGCCAGGAUUCUUCACAUUUGGCCCUCGUGGCCUUUGAGAAGACAGUUACCUUGACGGGAAGGGCCCGCAUUCCAGGCAUUCUGGUUCCUGAUCUGAUAGCAUGCCAUCCCAAAGCACAGGCGGUGGCAGUGGCUUCCAAUACUGGGAACACAGUUUUGGUCUAUUCUGUCAUGUCCUCUCCAGCGCCGAACGUUCAGCACAUUCAGUUGGAGAGCAGCGAAAGACCCAAAGGCCUGUGCUUCUUGACAGAUAGGCUGUUACUAAUUCUGGUAGGAAAGCCGAGCUGCACCGAUGUGGCCUUCUUGCCUUCUUCAGAGUCAGAGCAGUAUGCCAUUCACUUGACUGUGAGGGAAGUCACGUUGGAAGAGCAGUCUGAAAGCCAGAGCGCCUGUUCUACCUUCAGCGCUCUGUUAGAUAAAGCAGAUAGGAAACUGGUCAUUGAAAGUCCUUCCCCACAUUUUUGUCCCCAACAUGGAGGGCUCUUGUUAACAGGGAAUGCCAGCAGUCGGAGUGGAGGGCCUGGCAAAGCCCUUGUUGAAGAAAUCAGAAGCCCUCCGUCCAGUGUCGGGGAUGGCUCCGUAGCCCUGGAAAUGCUCCAUAGACCUGCCUGGGCCUGGGCGACAGAGCCGCGACCCGGCAGAGCCCCAGACGGCACCAGCACGCCGGAAACUCCUACAGUGCCUUCCAGAAAGAACUUGGAACGGGAAAAGGGGACUGAGCAGCUGUGUAAGGAACUGGAAACGCUGUCCAGGAAGCUGACGGACAUGCAGCGCAGUCUUUCUGAGCUCACAGACUUUGUCCAGAACGGGAAGAAGCCCUCGGCUGUGUACCCUCGCUCCCAGGAGCCCCCGUACGUUCACGUGCUUUACCAGAAACCUUGCAGUGUAGAUCCUGUUGAAAAGAGGGCGGUGCUACUCUGCGAUGGCAAACUGCGGCUCUGCACGCUUCAGCAGAUGUUUGGCCUCUCUCUCAUUGAAAUGCUGCAUGACUCCCACUGGAUUCUUCUCACUGCCGACAGCGAGGGCUUCAUCCCGUUGGCCUUCACUGCCACCCAGGAGAUAAUCAUAAGGGAUGGCUUCCUGUCCAGGUCGGAUGCCCUCAGGGACUCGGAGCCCGUUGGAGACCUGACUGCCCGGAGCUCACAUUCCACGGGGCUGUUGUAACCAUCUGCACGGUGUGGCUGCUGUGUGGCCUUCCAGACGAGACCCUCGCGGAUGUGCUCCGUUCUCCCGCUGGACUCCGCCUGUGGCUGGAGCUAGCUGUCACUCAGGCCAUAGCAGAGAGCUGGAUCAGAAGUGGAGCAGCCAGGACACGAACCGGGACUCAUGGGAUGCUGGCAUCACAGGUGGUGGCCUAACACACCAUGCCACAGCACCGGCCCCUCAACACCAUUUAUUGAAGAGACUUUCCUUUCUCCAAAGUAUGUUUUUGGUGCCCUUGUCAAGAAUUAGUUGGCUGUAAGUGUAUGGAUUUUUUUUUUUUUUUUAAGAUUUAUUUUAUUGGGGCUGGUGCCAUGGCUGACUAUGCUAAUCCUCCGCCUGCGGCGCUGGCACCCCGGGUUCUAGUCCCAGUUGGGGCGCCGGAUUCUGUCCUGGUUGCUCCUUUUCUAGUCCAGCUCUCUGCUGUGGCCGGGGAAGGCAGUGGAGGAUGGCCCAGCUACUUGGGCCCCGCACCCCAUGGGAGACCAGGAGAAGCACCUGGCUCCUGCCUUCGGAUUAGUGCAGCACGCUGGCCGUGGCAGCCAUUUGGGGGGUGAACCAACGGAAGGAAGACCUUUCUCUGUCUGUCUCCCUCACUGUCUAACUCUGCCUGUCAAAUUAAAAAAAAAAAAAAGAUUUUAUUUGAAAGAGUUUGAGAGAGAGAGAGAGGUCUCCCACCUGCUGGUUCACUCCCCAGAUGACUGCAACAGCUGGGACUGGGCCAGGCCAAGGCCAAGAGCUGCUUCUUCAUGUGGGUGCAGGAGCCCAAGAGCUUGGCUCAUCUUCUGCUAUCCCAGGUGCAUUAGCAAGGAGCUGGAUCUGAAGUGGAGCAGCUGGGACUUGAACCGGUGCCCAUAUAGCUUGCCGGCAGUGCAGGCAGAGGCUUAACCUUCUAUGUCACAGCGCUGCCCCGAUUUUUCUAUUUCUGUGAAGAAUGUCAUUCAUAUUUUGAUUGGGAUGACACUGGUCUUGUUUGUGACUUUAAAAGGACUGUUUUACCAUUGAGUGUGUUGUUUACUACAGUUGGGGUAGAUUCCUUUUCUCUUCCUGGUUUGCUAAGUACUUUUGUUAUGAAUGGGUGAUAGGUUUUUAUCACAUUUUUUGUUCUGAUAAUUUUUUACUCCUUGAAUGUGUUAACAUGGUAAAUAUCAUUUGGUGGAUUUUUCUGAUAUUCAACUUAUUUUGUUUAGGAUUCUGUUUUUUGUUUAAUUUUUUUAUUUGUGAGGUAGAGUUACAGUGAGAGGGACAGACAGAGAGAGAGGUCUUCCUUCCACUGGUUCACCCCCUAAAUGGCCACUAUGGCUGGAGCUGAGCUGAUCUGAAGCCAGGAGCCAGAAGUUUCUUCUGGGUCUCCCACAUGCGUGCAGGGGUCCAAGGACUUGGGCCAUCUUGUACUGCUUUCCCAGGCGAUAGCAGAGAGCUGGAUCAGAAGUGGAGCAGCUGGGAUUAGAACCAGUGUCUAUGUGGGAUGCUGGCGCUACAGGCCAGGGCUUUAAUCCGCUGCGCCACAGCACUGGCCCCUACAAUUCUCUGUUAAUGACUAAGGUUAGCUUUUGUUUCUUUAUCUGUUUUGUUUUGGUAAUGAGCUUACUCUGGCCUGACAGUGUGUGGGAGAGGAUGCCCUUCCCUGUUCCGGGAGUUCCCCUGAGGUAGGAGUGAUCCUUGACUGAAUGAUGGAACUUGUGUAAUCAUUUGUAUCUGGUGUUUUCUUUGUGGGAAUAUUUUAAAAUAUUUAAUUCCUUUAAUGCUUAUGAGACUAAAAAAAAA